UUGUGUUCUGUGACGUCACUGCGGAGCGCCCAGCACGCUCCGUUGGCGGCGAAUUCAAACGGUGGUGUUUUUAUCUCCCGGCCUGAAGAAAAGUCGGAAUACCUGGGUUAUUCUCCCUGCCUCAGCUGGCAGCAGCGGGUGUGUCGUGCCAAGUACCUUGGAAACUAAGGCAGCUGGUACCUAAGGGGGAAAAUGGCGCUCUCGACCACAGUUCCCCAAAAGAAGAACAUAAAGCGGAAGGCUCCUCGCGGCUUUCUAAAACGCGCCAUGAAGCAACAGAAGCCUCACCUGCGUCUGGAGACUAAUGGCGACUUACUGAUUCAUCUGAACUGUUUACUGUUUAUUCAUCGAUUAGCAGAAGAGUCCAGGAUAAAUGCUAGUGAGAGUAAGUGUAGAACAAUUAAAAAGGAGCAUGUCGUGGCUGCAGCAAAGGUAAUUCUAAAGAAGAGCAGAGGUUAGAAGUCAAAGAACACAUUCUUCAAAGCUAUGUUUUAGGUGGUGACAGGAGGCGAAAUCACUUUUUACGUAUUUGUUAGUAUUGUGAAUUAUUAAAAUAUCGCUAGUUGAAGGAUGUGUGUGUUUGUAUUUUUUUUUUUACUGGUAUUGAAAUAUUUCAAGUAAACACUUAAAACUAAA